AUGAAGUCCACCAUUCUCGCCACUCUGUUCGCCGGCCUGGCUGCGGCGUCUUCAAUCCCCAAGUCCCUGAUCCCCCUCCCUUCGCCCGUCCCAGACACCACGUCUUUCAUCCCCCUCCCCACGCCCAUCCACUCCAGCACGCCGCCGCCUUACUAUUCCCGCAUCCACGACAUCCUCGCUGAAAAGCUUUCCGACGGCGUUGAGCGUCGAAGCGAGGAGUUAGAGGCAAGGAAGGAAGACUGCUGGGAGCGCGUCGACGGGUGGUGCGCGCCGUACUGCGACGGGCAGUUCCCGGGGCCGGAUCCGGCGACGAAGAGGCAGGCUUGUCGGAUCUGCAUUGCGGUGCAGAGUGCCUUUUGUCUGGCUUAG